AUGCUACCGACCGGGGCGACCAAGUUGCUUAUUACACCAAUGCGUGAUGCCACGGCACAUCGCCGUGCUGGAUGGUCUCUGGCAAAUGAGUUUUUGACCGACGUGAUUGGCUUCGAGAAGUUCUUGAUACCACAUGUCCAAGGCCACAAUGUGGGCGGAUAUCAGCUUUUGCACCAGUCACCGACAUUGAUUGCGGCACUGAUGCAAGGUGGGAAACCUAUGGCUUUUGGUGUUAACAAUGCCUUUCCACGUGCCAUGUUCCUCCACGCUGACCACAAUGAGGACAUCACUAGUGAGCUCUUGAAGGACCGACGCAGUAUAAUUCUGGUGGAUUUAGUGACAAACAGUGGCAAAUCAAUCCUGCAAUUUGUGGAACACAUCCACAACCUCCAUGCCACUAUUCACAUUGUGAUAGUGGCCGGUGUCGUCCAGUCGCAAUCUGUUUGCAGCCGCAGUUCCAUCGAAUGCACCACUGAUACAGGCAAUCAUCUUUUCAAUACUGUGGAUCUUUCCUGA